AUGCAUCCGCCUGCCGCAUCGCAGCCGCAUCGCCCAGAAGGCACACAUGCCCCCACCUUCUUCCCCUCUCAGUUCAGUGCCUCCCCUCUCUCAUCCCGUCCACCCCUCACCACCCCCUCCCUCCCCUCUCUCAUCAGUCCUCCCUCUCUAGUCCCUCACUCUCCUCUCCCAUUACCGUCCUCUCCUCUCGCAUCCCUCCCGUCCCUCUCUCCUCCCAUCCCCCCCUCUCUCAUCCGUCCCUCUCAUUUCUCAUCCCGUCCUCUCCUCUGUCAACCCUCACUCACCUCUCUCGUUACGGCCUCCCCUCUCUCAUCCCUCCCUCUCCUUUCCCAUCCCGUCCUCUCAUCUCAUAUCCCUCACUCUCAUCUCUUAUCCCUCCCUCUCCACUAUCAUCUCGUCCUCUCCUCUAUCAUCCCUCCGUCUCGUCUCUCAUCCCUCCCGUCCCUUUCUCCUCCCUUCCCACACUCUCUCAACCCUCCCUCUCCAUUCUCAUCACGUACUCUCCUCUCUCGUCACGGCCUCCCCUCUCCCAUCCCUUCCUCUCCACCAGCAUCCCGUCCUCCCCACACACAUGCCUCCCUCUCCUUUCCCAUCCCGUCCUCUAUGGCUCAUCCCUCGCUCGCAUCUCUCAUCCCUCGCUCGCAUCUCUCAUCCCUCGCUCGCAUCUCUCAUCCCUCGCUCUCAUCUCUCAUCCCGUCCUCCCCCUCUCAUCCCUCCAUCUAUCGUCCCUUCCUCCGCUCUCUCAUCCCGUCCUCCCCUCUCUCCUCCCGUCCUCUCCUCUCUCCUCCAGUCCUCUCCUCUCCCAUCUCGUCCCCCCCUCUCUCAUCCCUCCCUCUCCACUCUCAUCCCUCUGUUCGCCACGAUGUGGGAUCCCCGCCGCCGCUGGGUGGCUGCCUCGCCACCCCGCUAUUGCAAUCGGCGCCACGCCGACGCGCCUCCUCAACGGCUUGCGUCGUCCAGGUCGCGCCUCAUCGCCUACGCCUCCACCGCCGCCUCGUUACCUCCAAGGAUAUAACCCGCUCCCACUUCUGUUCCCAUCUCUCCCAGGGUCGCAACUCCCUUUUCCCCCAAGUCGCACUUCCCCUUUCAGCCGGCUCGCACUUCAACUUCCCCACAGCUCGCUUAUCGGCUUCACCCCAUGACGCAGUACCUCUUCACCCAGGUCGCUCAUCCCCUUUCUCCCCGGUCGCCAUUCCAACCCCCCCCCCCAGGUCGCACCCCCCCUUUCCCCCAUGCCACACCUCCCUGUUCCCCCCCACAGAGCACCUUAUCACUCCCUCACAAUGCACUACCCCUCCCAUCCCUUUGCUUCCUCUCCCCUCCAAUCCCUUUUACUAUCUUCGCUUCCCAUCCCUCCCCUCCCCUUCUACAGGCCUCCCUGCACUUCCUAUGCCCCUCUCCUCACAUCCCUCUCCGCUCUCGUCCCGUCCCCCGCUCUCCCCUCCCUCUCCGCUCUGA